GGUGGGGCCUAGGACUUCGGGGUGGUGACAGCUGAGUCCAGUGCCCGGGGAACUUGCCAGUCUUGCUGUGGACGAAGAUGCGAAAGGUGGUUUUAGUCACUGGUGCGAGCAGUGGCAUUGGCCUAGCUCUUUGCAAGAGACUGUUGGGUGAAAAUGAUGAGCUUCACCUGUGUCUGGCAUGCAGGGCCAUGGGAAAGGCAGAGGCAGUGCGUGCAGCUCUGCUGGCCUCUUACCCCACCGCUGAGGUCAGCACUGUGCAGGUAGAUGUCAGCAACUUGAAGUCAGUGAUCUGGGCUGCCAAAGAGUUAAAGCAAAGGUUUCAAAGAUUAGAUUAUCUCUAUCUAAAUGCUGGGAUCAUGCCUAAUCCACAGCUAAAUAUCAAAGCACUUUUAUCAAGCCUCUUUUCAAGAAAUGUGAUUCACGUGUUUUCCACAGCUGAAGGCCUGUUGACUCAGCAUGACAGGAUCACAGUGGAUGGGCUGCAGGAGGUGUUUGAAACCAAUGUCUUUGGCCACUUUAUACUGGUUCGGGAACUAGAACCUCUCCUGUGUUAUGGCGACAGCCCAUCUCAGCUCAUCUGGACUUCAUCGCGUAACGCGAAGCCACUGAAUUUCAGCCUUGAGGACAUCCAGCACAGGAAAGGCCAGGAACCCUACAGCUCUUCCAAAUAUGCCAUUGACCUUCUAAGUGUGGCUCUGAACAGGAAGUUCAACCAGAAGGGUCUGUAUUCUAGUGUGGUAUGUCCAGGAACAGCAUUGACCAAUCUAACUUAUGGAAUUCUUCCUCCCUUUGUGUGGACUCUGUUGAUGCCAAUAAUAUGGAUGCUUCGCUUUUUUGCAAAUGCUUUCACUUUGACACCAUACAAUGGAGCAGAAGCACUGGUAUGGCUGUUCCACCAAAAACCCGAGUCUCUCAAUCCUCUGACCAAAUACAUGAGUGCUACCACGGGUUUUGGAAACAAUUAUGUCACCACGCAAAAGCUGGACAUAGAUGAAGACACGGCACAAACAUUUUACCAGAAGUUACUAGAACUAGAGAAACAUGUGAAGGACACCCUUAGAAAAGCAGAUCGCGAGGGAUGAAUGAAGAUGACGCUGGGAGCACUGAGCACUUCCGGUGCCUCCUGGAGCACGUGGCUUUGCAUUUAAAACAGGGUGCUAUGCUGCCCUUCCUCUCUUCCUUCCAGAAUUAUCUCCAGGGCUUGCUGUGUGCGUGUGUUUGUGUGUGUGCCUGAGAAAAAGAUCAGUGAAGUAAAGGUAUCAGGGAAAUACUCCCCCAGAAUGGUGUCAGUCACUCAAGAGAACAUUGGUUUAUGUUACUCUGCCCAGUGGGAUGCCCAUUAGAACUCACAUGGUUAGGUACCAUCUUUAGUGAUUAUAACAUAGCCACACUUUGGACCCAUUUUUGACCCUCCCUGGGAGGAGAGUGGACUGCUCACUUUCAGCAAUAUUCCUUUCUUUAUGAGCAAUGCUCCCCCCACCCCUUCUUUACUUCCUUUACCAUGCUGCUUAAAAAAAAAAAAUCCUUAAGACUGGUAGAAACUAAACAAUGUUAAUGUGUAUGGUACCUAUGUGGUUGAUCACAGGAAGAAAGCAUGUGUUUCUCGAUGACUUGAAUUAUUAUUCUUAUCUUAAAAGUAUUUUUAUUGCACUUGAGGUAGUUUAUACCAGCACUGGACUCAACCCUCCACAACAUUUCCAGAUUUGUUCACUAGGGACCAACUCAUUUUCAUGAUCAGAAUUUGUAAUAGCUAUCAACUCGCAGCAUAAACUUAAUCACUCCCAUGAAGUUUCAAUAAAAGUUUCUAAAUGAAUAACUAUUAGUCGUAUAUCUGCUGGUUAAGGGGCACUAUGGUAGUAGAAAAAAGUGAUUAAAUUUAUUUACGUGUCAGGUAAUUAAGCAAUAUUAAAUCUUAAAAGGGCCACAUCCCAGUCUUAUUGGGCACAUGCACAAUAUGUUAAAAUGCUUACAUGUUUUCUUUCUCUACCGAAAGUAUCAUGAACAUAAUACCUGGAGUAUAAUAAAGUCAAUAAUUUUUUGAAUGAAUAAAUAAAAA